AUGGCGACGGCGGGGCGCUAUGGCGCCGCUGCUCUGCUCCUGGUGCUCAGCGUGCGGCUCUCGGCUGGGCAGAGCUUCUCCCUGCCUCUGCGCCAGCCGCAGGACUGCGGCGAUGCCCGUUACUUCGAUAUCUCCAGCCUGGCGUGCGGCCAGUGCGGGCCCCACCAGGGGCGGGGCGCCUGGGGUAUUUCAUGUGUCUGUCUACCAGGAUUCAAGAUGGUUUCUAAUAAUGGUGGACCUUCUGUUAUUUGUGAAAAAUGCCCAGAGAAUAUGAGUGGCGUUACUGAAGAUGGGUGGAAUUGUAUUACUUGUCCUAAAGGCUUAACUACAGAAGGAAAAUGUAAAUGCGCCAUUAAUGAAAUUUUAGUGGAAAGAGAUGUUAAUGGCACGUUGUUGAAUGAAGCAUUGUGUAUACGCUGUGAUGCAAAUGAACCAUCAUUCUCUGCUUCAAAUGUCUUGGGAGAUAGGUGUAUAAGAUGUGAACAAACAUUCAUCAAUAUAAGUGAGUCUUGUGACUGUUCGGACCCAAAUAUUUUGACUGGAGGGUUAUGCUUCAGUAACAGCAGAAACUUCCCCUCAAAGGCAGUUGCAACUGUACGUUAUGGACAGCUAGGUAUAACAGUGGUAUCAGCAUGGUUUCUGAAAAACCUACAAGCAUCAGCGGCUGCUUGUUGGCUGUACUCCAAUCUAACAUCGUGCCAAGCACUUGGAAAUAUGUGUGUGAUGAACAUGAACUCAUUAAGCUCUACCACUAGUGAUGCAUGUGGUCUGUUUCAGUAUGUCUAUGCAAAUACAGCAGGGCUAGGCACUGUUCAUUCAGUAUCCUUCUGGAGACAGAAUCUUCCAUGGCUGUACUAUGGUGACCAGCCAGGAUUAGCAUCUCAAGUACUUGAUACAACCCAGUUCCCUGCAAGCUUCAGUUUUAAAGGAACAAACAAGAAUAUAAAACUGCAGCUUAUCGCAGCUUCAUAUGAUGCAGAGGGAAACUUUCUUAAAUGGCAAAAUUUGGAAGGAGGUGUCUUGCAGCUUUGUCCUGACACACUGACUAGACUGAAUGCUGCUUAUAUUUUUGGAACAACUUAUCAACAAAGUUGUACAAUUUCUGUUUCCAAGAUGUUAUCGGAUUUUGCUAAUCCGAUAUUUUAUGAUGUGUAUCUUGAAUAUCAUGAUGAUGAUAGUGGACAGCAAUAUCUGUGGGCCGUGCCAGUUUUAAACUUAAAUCUUCAAUACAAUGAAAUGUCUGUGAAUCAAGGCAGCAAUAUGAACAAUUGGCUUUUGACUCGUCGGAUGUUUUUGGUGGAUAGUUUAAGUGGACAAGAGAGUGACUUGGGAAAACAACCAAGAAUAAUUCGAAUUGCUAGCAAAAUAACCAUCAGUAUUCGUCUUAUUCCCAGUACUCAGAGAGGAACUAUCUAUCCCCCUCUAAUUACCAUUGCCUACAAGGAUGUUCUUGUCCAAAACCCAGAUACCCAGAGUGUGAUGGUUUCCUUCUCCGUUAAUUAUGAAAUGAACCAAUCAGAGACUCAAAUUCAGACAGAUAUUGCAUUGGGUGUGCUUGGUGGACUGUCAGUUUUAUGGUCUCUUCUGAAGACUGCUGGCUGGAAGAGGCGGAUAGGGAGCCCUAUAAUUGACUUGCAGACAGUUUUGAAGUUCUUGCUGUUUUAUGCUGGAGACCUUGCCAACGUUUUCUUUAUCAUCACAGUGGGAACAGGGCUUUACUGGCUUAUUUUCUUCAAAGCACAGCAGUUUGUCUCAGUUCUUUUACCACUUCCAUCUCAAGAAGAGGAUUUUGUUACAUAUGUAGGAUGUGCUUUUGCUCUAAAGGCUCUGCAAUUUUUGCAUAAGCUAUUUUCGCAACUUACUGUAGAUGUUUUCUUUAUUGACUGGGAGCGUCCUAAAGGCAAAAUCCUUAAAGCUGUUGAAGGUGAAGGUGGCAUAAAAAGUGCUGCUGCACCUGUGAGCAUAUGGAGGACAUAUUUUAUAGCAAAUGAAUGGAAUGAAAUUCAGACUGUGAGGAAGAUAAAUCCACUCUUUCAAGUCCUUGCAGUUCUUUUCUUUUUGGAGGUUGUUGGAUUUUCAAACCUGGCAUUAAUGGAUUCUUCUUCGAGUCUUACAAGAAGCAGUGAGAGUUACAUAGCUCCCUGGAGCCGCAUUCUGAGAUUUGGUGUGUCUACUGUCCUCUGGCUAGUCAUUGCCAUGUUACAGAUCAUAUUCUUUGCUGUAUUUUAUGAGAGAUUUGUAGAAGAUAAGAUAAGACAAUUUGUUGAUUUGUGCUCUAUGAGCAAUAUUUCGGUAUUUCUCUUGUCACACAGAUGCUUUGGGUAUUAUAUCCAUGGUCGGUCUGUGCAUGGACACGCAGAUACCAAUAUGGAAGAAAUGAAUAUGAACCUAAAGAGAGAAGCGGAAAAUUUGUGUAGUCAAAGAGGUUUAUUACCCAACACAGAUGGCCAGACAUUUCAGAUUUCCAUUUCAGGCAAGAUGAGACAGCAGUAUGACAGGAUUCAUGAAACCCUAACAAGGAAACAUGGUCCUGCUAGACUUUUAGAUUCAUCUGCAACUACUUUUGAACAGAGUACUAAGGCAUACCAUACCAUGAACAAAUUUCUUGGCUCCUUUAUUGACCAUGUUCAUAAAGAUAUGGAUUAUAUUGUAAAGGACAAGUUGCUGCUUGAACGAAUUAUUGGCAUGGAGUUCAUGGAACCAAUGGAAAAAAGUAUCUUUUACAAUGAUGAAGGACAUUCUUUCAGCGAUGUUCUCUUUUACGGCAAUGAGGCCACACUUCUCAUCUUCGAUAUACUGUUUUUCUCUGUUGUGGAUUUGGCUUCCCAAAGUUUUAUCCUAGCAGCUGUUCUCACAUAUUUGCAACAGGAGAUUUUUAGGUUUAUUCGUAACACUGCUGGGCAGAAGAAUUUGGCAUCCAAAACCUUGGUGGAUGAAAGAUUUCUUAUUUAA